UCGAAGGGACCCAAUAGCUUUGACUUGCAGGUGGCCUUCAUCUCUCCCUUUCUUUUCGAGUUCUUAACUGGAUUCCAUCACAACCAGCUUAAACUAUUGAAAGCCCCAUAUAACCAUUUACUGUUGUCCAAAGUCCUUGAAAUAUUCGAUGUAGAAUCGAUGCUUUACUAUAAUUUAUUCUGGAUCUUCAAUAUUCGUGGUCAGCAUUAUUAUUUUUUUCUUCUGGAAUCAAAGAAUUAUUGGUGAGAAUAUGAACAUUAGUGGAUGAAUGUCUCUGCCGAUUUCAUGCCCAGAAAACCCUAAUCUUCAUCAGAAAUGGUUCCUGUCCCAUUAUCCGAAUCCAAGUUUCUUUAAUCAGUUUCAACUUCCCUUCAUUUUGUGCUUCUCCUAACCAACUGACCUCUCUGUAUAGUCUUCAAUUGAUUUCUUCUGCUCAAGACCUUAAUUAUAAAGCCGAUUAUCAAAAUCUCCUGCAACCAUUUUCUCUUUCCUCUGUUUUAAAUCCUAUCCUCAGCUGUCGCCUGCCAGCUUGAGUUAAUGUAUAGUCAUGUCUUCCGAAGAGAGCUGUUAACAGGAUCGUGGUUCUUAAUCUCUGUUAACAUGCUAGAAUCAUAGUCAAUGUCGAUUAUCUGCGGUCUUCCACUCCUUGAAUGCGUAUACUGCCUCGCAUGUGCCCGCUGGGCAUGGAAGCGAUUGCUACACACUGGCAGCCAUGAUAGCGAGAACUGGGGCGUUGCGACAGCAGAAGAAUUCGAGCCCGUUCCUCGCCUCUGUCGUAUGAUUCUUGCCGUUUAUGAAGACGAUCUUCGACACCCUAUUUGGGAUCCUCCCGGCGGAUAUGGAAUCAAUCCUGAUUGUGUAAUUCUGCGUAGGACCUAUGAAGACACCCGUGGCCACGCCCCUCCAUACUUAAUAUACCUCGAUCAUGACAAUGCGGAUAUCGUUCUGGCCAUUAGAGGCCUUAAUUUGGCAAAGGAGAGUGAUUAUGCUGUUCUAUUGGAUAACAAACUCGGGCAGAAGAAAUUUGAUGGUGGGUACGUCCACAAUGGGCUCUUGAAGGCAGCUGUUUGUGUUCUUGAUGCAGAGUGCGAGGUUCUUAGAGAGUUAGUGGAGAAGUACCCGAAUUAUACCUUAACCUUCAGUGGACAUUCUCUGGGGUCAGGGGUGGCUGCAUUGUUAACAAUGGUGGUGGUGCACAACAGGGAUAAAUUGGGUAACAUAGACCGGAAGAGGAUCAGGUGCUAUGCAAUUGCCCCUGCUAGGUGUAUGUCACUGAAUUUGGCUGUGAGAUAUGCAGAUGUCAUAAAUUCUGUUGUACUACAGGAUGAUUUCUUACCAAGAACUGCCACACCAUUGCAAGACAUUUUCAAGUCACUUUUUUGUUUACCAUGCUUGCUGUGUCUAAGGUGUAUGAGAGACACAUGCAUACCAGAGGAGCAGAAGCUGAAGGAUCCUAGGCGGCUCUAUGCACCUGGUCGCCUUUAUCACAUUGUCGAGAGGAAGCCCUUCAGGAUGGGAAAAUUUCCCCCAGUUGUGAGGACAGCAGUCCCGGUGGAUGGGAGAUUUGAGCACAUAGUUCUCUCUUGCAAUGUUACUUCUGACCAUGCCAUCAUUUGGAUACAAAGAGAAGCUCAAAGGGCACUAGAUUUAAUGCUAGAGAAAGAUCGGAUUAUGGAAAUUCCUGCAAAGCAGAGGAUGGAGAGGCAGCAGACUCUUGAGAGAGAGCACAGUCAAGAGUACAAGGCAGCACUGAAGCGUGCAGUGACAUUGGCAGUCCCACAUGCAUACUCACCUUCCUCUUACGGUACAUUUGAUGAGCAGCAUGAGAAUCCCAGCAGCACUAGUGGGGAAGCUUCUUUGGGGACACCUAGCCCACCUAGGAAGGGCAGGAGGAGGGAAAGCUGGGAUGAAUUAAUUGAACGUCUCUUUGACAAAGAUGAGUCAGGCCACAUGGUUUUGAGAAAGUCAUAGUUCGUUCAUGAUUAGGUGAUGUAUCACAUUGAGUGGAGGAAAUAAAAAGGUUUAAUUUAAAUGAAUAUUUUUUGGUGAGGGCCAUUCAAUUAAUUAUUUAUUUAUUUUUCCA